UUUUGGUCCAAGCCCCAGAUGAUCUCCAUCCUGCGGGGAUCAGCCGCGAGCAGAGAGAGAUCUUGGAUUUCUCAUGGGAAAGGCCUGACAGUUUCCAUGCUUUCUCCGGGCAAUUUCUUCGUCCAUCACAGUAUUGUUGUUGCUUCACAUGUAAGCAGAGUGGUGCCUUCGCAAGACAGAAGAGCAGCCCUACGCGCAUCUAUUUUGCGAGCUACCGUUGUAUUUGGAGCCGCAAGAUUCAUCUCGCGCUCGAGGAGAAUUCCUCGUCACGCUUCUGCAGGCAGACUGAAGAUUGCUGGAGGCCAUUUCGUGGACAAAGAAGAGCGAAUUGUGCUGCCCAGAGGAAUUAACUUUUCAGGACUUUCAAAAGUCCCCACUCGUCCGGAUGGUGCGACGCAUUUGGGUGGGCCGAAGUUUUACGAGCAUCGUGAUGUCUCCUUCGUUGGCCGCCCUUGCAAGCUUGAAGAGCUAGACGGACAUUUGGAAAGGCUCCAAGCUUGGGGUUUCAAUUUACUGCGACUUGUGAUUACAUGGGAGGCUGUGGAACAUGCAGGUCCUGGUGAGUACGAUAAAGACUAUUUGGACUUUCUGCGGAGUGUUUGUUUGCGCGCAGAGGAAAUGGGGUUUUGGAUCCUGAUUGAUCCCCACCAAGACUGUUGGUCACGAUGGACUGGUGGCGAUGGAGCACCUGGUUGGACCUUAGAGGCCAUGGUGUUUCAGCUCAUCAACGCUGACCGCGAAACCAUGUGAAUUAUUCUACAUAUCGCGAAACCAUGUAUAUUUAGUCACAAAAUGUCACAAACACUGUCACAGUUUGUUUGCGAACCAAGAUGCUGGGGAUUGGGUUGAGGAGAGAUCUGGAUGUCACCAUUGAGUUUGACAAUCUUCAGGGUGUGGCAAGGUCGCGAAAAGGAAAGCUAGUAACAGUAAAUCCUGGAAAAGCUAUUUUGAGAUGCCGAUGAACUUGAAACUUGAUGGUAAGAACAUGAACAUGGAGGGGUCAGGAGUCCUUUGUGCUUGAUAAAUAUUACUGAUAGGAAUUAGGACAUAUAUAGAUAUUUUUAAGAAGAAUUUUCAUUGACCCUACACGACUACACCAACUACAGAGUCACUGUGACAGCACAACCAUGAACACCAUACCUUGCAGCCACGCAUUGAAGGCAGCAGGUUUCAAAGUGGGCCCUGAACUCCAUACUUCUGGAGCUGCUUUUCUACACCAAGAGAAUGGAGAUCCUCUCCCUUCAAUGUCUUGGCCAACCAACUAUGACCGAUUGGCCAGCGCCACGAUGUUUAGCCUGUUUUGGGCUGGCGAUCGCCUUGCUCCAGGCAUCACAGACGCACUGCAAGGUCUACCACUUCAAGAAUGUUUGCAAGGUGGCUUCCUGGGAGCGAUGGCUGAGGUUGCAAGGACAUUGAAUGAUAUUCCGGCGGUGCUCGGAUUCGAGACUCUGAAUGAACCUCACCCUGGAUGGCUGGGAACUGAUGAUUUGAGCCGGAGGAACAUCGGACCCAUCACUACAGGAGAAAGCCCGUUUCAGCAAAUGGAACGGAGCAGCCAGGGAGCGUGGGCUUCAGAGUGUUUGUGGGCAAGAGCAGGUAUUUGGCGUCGUGAGAAUGGGCAAAAUGUGCUUUUAGAUCCUGCACGAUUUCAAUGUAAUUGGAUGAAGCAGUGCUUUGCGCCCUUCGUGGACAGAUUCACCAAGACAAUCCUGCAAAGAAUGCCAGAUGCGUUGAUUGGAGUGUGUCCUCCUGCCUUCGGCAGAGAAAGCACCGAAGCAUUUCCUUGUCCUUUGCACCCACAGUCCUUCUGGGCGCCGCAUUUUUACGAUGGGAUUGUCCUUCUAGGGAAGGUGUGGACUCCAGACUUUGGCAUUGAGGAGUCUCCUGGAGAGAAGCUUUUCAACCUGCUCCCUACGCCUGUACGACCUGUCCUUGGUCUAGAAAAGCGAGUGGAGUCUUACAAGAUGCAACUACGGCGCAAAUGUGACUUUUCCUCUCAAGAGGUUCCAAGCAUCCUGGGUGAGAUUGGCAUACCUUUUGAGCUUCAAUAUGUGGGGUUUCCCGUUUCGAGCAGGGAAGGCAUCGAUGCGGUAAAUGAAGCAGCAGAUGCACAUAUGCGGGCGUUGGAGGAGAUCCUGUUGCCACAUUGCUGGUGGAACUAUACACCUGAAAACUCCAAGGAGCGAGGGGAUUUCUGGAAUGGCGAAGACCUCUCAAUUUUUGCCAACAACGAAGGUCGUGCGCCACCAUCAUUGAUCCGACCGUACCUGCUGAAAUGUUGUGGCGUCCCGGUUUCCCAAAGUUUUAAUCGUCGAAAAGGCUUGUAUCGCUGCGAAUACAAAGCACACCAGCCUGGAGAAACAAUUUUUUGGGUUCCUUCCAUUCACUUCCCACUUGGCCAAACAAAGGUGUUGGCAACUCCGGGAGUUGAGGUCGCUGCUUCUCAGUCAAGACUGCUUUGCCGUAACGGCCAGUAUCGAGGCUGCGUUGUGAUUGAGCUUCGUCGAGAGGAAUAAAAAGGCGGAAAAGUAUUGGCAACGAGAAGGUUUUGAAGCGAACAUUCGCAACGAAAGGGGUUGUUUGCCUGAAGUCUUGCGAUCAGAUUGUUUCUUAAGACUGCCAGGGCCAGGACGUCAGAUGAAGAC